AUGGUCUCCUUCAACUUGUCCAUGGCAGCCGUCGUCCUCCUCUCCGGACUUGUGAUACUGGGGGCGGUUGAGCCCAGUGAAGCCGUCUGCAAUCUCGACUGCGUGCGAGGAACCUACAUCACCUGCAAGAACUACCCUGCGCAGCAGCUCUACGGCUGCGCCUGCAAGUGCGCGCCUGCGGACGGCAAGCGCUGCGUUGUCCACCUCGGAGGUGGCUCGACCAAGCGGUGCUGGAAACGCAGAUGA